UAAAACUUCAAAAUGGCGCCACGUAAAAAAAGUGUUAGUUUGCUACGCGCUCCAUUAACUGAUAGUUUAAACAAAGAAAAUAAUUAUUUGCGUUCGUUGAGUGAUUUUCAAGCACGAGUUCGAAGGCGAGAAAGUAUUCGAAAUUAUAAAAAUAUAGCUGAAUAUGAUUUGGAGCAAAAAAUUGAAUUGGAAACUAAAAUAAAAGAAGGCUCCUCCAGAUUGCUGGCUGCUGCGCGACAUCCUGCACAAAGUUUGGAAGCAGCACGUACUUUGUUUACUUCUAACAAACGGAUGUCUGUCUAUAUGACUGAGUUAGAACAUCGAAGAGAUGCAUUAAAAACAAGCAAUUCAGAUAACGGAGGGAAAUUAUCCAUUUCGGAUCUUAGAUUUCCUUUGAUGUGGAGAGACUCUGAUCAUUUUAAAAACCGUGGAGAUUAUCGAAGAUUCGCGAUUUUUUGUAUUGUUCGAGUUGGUACUGAAAUUCAGGAUACGAGUUUACUUUUCCCAAUCGAUAGAAAACAAACGGAUGUUAGUUUUCCAGACGUUUUAUUAUUCAAUAAUGUACCAGCUGAAUUUGAAUUAUCUUUAGAAGUUUAUAGUCAUAUUUUGCAAGAAGAUCUCAGUAUUGCUAGCACUCCAAGAAAAAUCAGAAGAACUAUUCAUUCUUCAAUUUCAAAAACAGUAGGUCGAAAGUUUGUUGCAGCUUUACGAAACGAGUACGAGUCUAGUAAAGUACCACAGUUUGAGUUGAUGGCUUACACAAAAAUGACUCUUGACGAUACCGAUGAGAACAUACGUUCACAUGACUUAACGUUAAAUAAUUUUGGUAACAAAGGUAACGUAUUGCCGCUUUUCGGACAUUUUUGUUGUCGUUUAGCUGUUCAACCAUAUUACAUCGAUAAAGAAGUUUGUGCUGGAUUCACAAUUAUAAAUAGUCGACAGUGCUACAUGCGAUUACAAGGUUUUCAAAUUGAAAUUUGGAAGUCGAAGAAAUGUUCAGAAAAAUUUAAAAAACCAAUGCAUGCGAUUUGUGUAAACAAGAAAACCAUGGUCCGCCGAUCAAAAUCAAUGAAAAAUCAAUUAUGUAUAAUCAAUAACAUAAAUAACAAUGAGGUGCGUGAUAUUAUAGAAUUUCAUUCAAACGAAGAUGUUCAAAAAUGGUUUGACAAAUUGGCAAGAUGUAUUAAAGAACAUGCAAGAUGGAAACAUGCAGCAAUAAAAUUUCAACAAAUUCCAUAUUCUGAGUAUUCGAAUGAAAAUGCAAAUAUAAUAAAUACUUUUGAUGAGAAAAACAAACGUCAACGAUCUCUUUAUGAUGAAACUUCAUUAAUAGAUAAUGUUUGUAGAGAAGCAAAUAUAGUUUGUCCAAAUAUAUAAGUUUUAUUUUAACUUGAAGUAUAUUAAUAUUUACUAAAUACUAAAAAUUUUAAUUAGUAUAUAAGCUGUGAAUAUUGUAAUAAAAAAUAAACAUUACAAAAAUUUUUAUACGAUUAUAAUUAUAAAAAUACAUAAUACGAAAAUGCAAUUUUAUUUUCAGAAUCAACUUACCUACAUACUUCUUCAAAAAUAAAUGUUCUGAAAGAAUGAUUUAAAUUUAGGUAUUGUAAUAAUGCAUCAACAGUACACAUACCAUCAUUAAUUUCAUUAAAAUUUUAUACACAUUUCUCAAUAUUUAUCAUAAAUGAAUUUAGUAAAAUUAUUCACAUUAUGUUGUUAGCUCUUAAAAAUAAAGCAUAAUUUUUAAACAUUUCUACUAAUGAUUUAUAAGAUUUUCAAGUUACAUUUUCUAGAUGGAAUAGAAAAUGCAGUUUAAAUUAUAAUAAUUGACUAAUAUAUCAUAGUUUACAUGAUUACUAUUGAACAAAUAAAUGUAAUAAUUAUUCAUCAGUUUUUUUUGAUUUUUUUGCCAGUGUCAACGUAACUCCACUAAGCAUAGCUAAGAUAGUGAAACUUUGUGCUGCAACUCGACUACGCAUCAUAUAUUGUGCCAUUAAGGAAUUUCCUUUAGUAGUGUUGUACAAACCAUAGCAAAGAGCAGAAACAGUUGCCAUCAGACCUGAAAGUAUCAAAGGAUUUUCUUUGAAUUUUUUUAUUAUACGCGACUCUUCAGUAUGAUUAACAUCUAAGUCAGAACGUACUUUCUCAAUCCAUUCUAAUUUUUCUACUGUUUCCGGAUCCUUUGUUGAGCCUAUCAACAUUGUUUCUUGCAUGAAAAAAUAUAAAGAAUUAAUUCGACAUGGAGGACGAACGUCACGUCUUAAACUGUGUUCAUGUACUGAACAGAAGAGAAUCAAAUUGAUUAGGACAGUAUGUAUUUUAAGUAAUUGGCAAAUUUUACGUUAUGCACGUUUAUACGUUGUUUUAAGCAAUAUAACUUUGUAACAUGUGCAUAUGUACAUAACAUGUACAUAACUUUCUAGUCAACGUGAUAGGUAUUGGGCGAGUUCAUAAGAUGCGCGUUCAAGAGAAAUUAAGUUUACGUGUGCAAUUACUUGGAAUCCCCUCCAUAAAAAUAUGUUGUCUAGUUUUUAUAACGUUCUACAUCUUUUUCUCUAUCCUUUUUGUUUGACUGUUGAAUUUAUUUAAAUAAUAAAAGUUGAUAUACGAAACAAAAUAUGAAUGUACGAGAUGUUGUAGAAGAAUUAACACAAAUUGGCAUAGAAAUACGUCAAAAUCUGGAAUCGUCAGUUGACAAAAAAGAGGAAUUGAUAUUACGACAUAUUAAAGCGUUUUCAAAGAAGGAAACGCGGAUCGUCGAUUUUCAACCAGGUAUCGUACCUAUACGUGAUAGCAUUUAAGUAUUAUAUAAUCAGAUGUUUAAGAAAUCCAAUGAACAAAAUAUGAAGGCUGUUAGGGAGGUAGACACAGCAAGCUCAAGUCAGACAUUGUAUUCAAAUGAUAAAGAAAAUAUUUUACUUACGGAAGAAGAGAUGCGCGAAUAUUUCCAGCUCGUAGAAUACGAAAAAAUGCUUGAUCAAGAAUUGUCUAAUUUAAGGAAUGAAGAGGCAGAAUUUCGUUCAACUCAAGAAACUAUGGACUUAUUACAUAAAUAUAAUGAUAUUAAAGAUGUAACUCAAAUGGUUUUAGGAGCAAUAGCUGUAGCAAAUAGUACUACAAUCAAGAAUCUGUAUAAACAAUAUAAUUUAUCAUUGGAAGAUUAAAAAUUCACAGUUACUUUCUUAUAUGUUAUAUAUAUGUAUAUUAUUUUUUUCUGCCAUUCACCCUUUUAUCAUUUCAAUUCUUAAAAUUUAUGUUAAAUUUAUAAAAUUUAUAAAUUUAACAUUUAUCAUUUGUCAUGUUAAUUCUGUGUGUAUGUAACAAUUUAAUGAAAUUUUAAAACCAAUUAGGUCUGGAAUGGUUCAACGUUG